AGUUCCUACACCAUCACACAAUAUCCAGAACCAUCUCACUGUCAUGGCGUUCCGACGCCCUCUCGCAUUCCACCAUGAGUGCAUGCUCGUGAUCGCCUUCGUGCUGGUCUCCUGUCUCGCCGGCGCCGCCACGGCGAAGCAGACGGGCCAGCUGACCGUGUUCUGGGGCCGGAACGCCGGCGAGGGCACGCUGCGCGAGGCCUGCGACACGGGGCUCUACUCCACCGUCGUCAUCUCCUUCUACAGCGUCUUCGGGCACGGCCGCUACUGGGGCGACCUCUCCGGCCACCCUCUCGCCGGCGUCGGUGCCGACAUCAAGCACUGCCAGUCCAGGAACAUCCUCGUCCUCCUCUCCAUCGGCGGGCCCGGGAACGGCUACUCCCUCCCGUCCUCCGCCUCCGCCGCAGCCGUCGCCGACAACCUCUGGAACGCGCACCUCGGCGGGCGCCGGAACGGCGUGUACCGCCCGUUCGGCGACGCCGCCGUCGACGGCAUCGACUUCUACAUCGACCAGGGCGCCCCCGACCACUACGACGAGCUGGCCAGCCGCCUUGACGGGUACAACCGGUUCUACCGCGGCCGGAAGGGUGUGCGCCUGACGGCCACGCCGCGGUGCGGGUUGCCCGACCGCCGCCUGGGGGCGGCGCUCCGGACGGGGCUGUUCGAGCGCAUCCACGUCAGGUUCUACGGCAACGACACAUGCUCGCUGGGGAAGGGCGGCACGUACGGCGUGGUAGGGCAGUGGGAGAAGUGGACGGCGGCGUUCCCGAGGACGCAGGUGUACCUGGGCCUCGCGCCGGCGGAGAGUGGCGUGCCGGAGGGGGCGCAGGGCACCGUCGCCGUUUACCUCAAGUACCUGUACUACGACCUGCUGCCCAAGGUGCAGAAGGCCAACAACUAUGGCGGGGUCAUGGUCUGGGACAGGUUCGCCGACAAGAAGACACGCUGGAGCAGCGUCGUCAGCGGAUGGGCCUGAUCGUUUAUAUCGCUGGUUUACAGCUACGGAUCGGAGUACAUACUACUCCUACUGUGUAUGCGUGUGUAUGAAUAAAACGGCAUCCAUAUGAUAAUGAUAUAUGGAUGUGAACUGAAGUUGUUUGUUGUUCUAGUCAAUGAGAUAAGGAAUAUGAUCACUUCUCCUA